AUGAACUCUCUGGGUAUUUAGCAAUAGUUAAUUAAGGAAGUCGUCCCUUUAGUAUCAUAGAUUAUUAAUGAAGUCUCUGAUAAGCUAAUCUUAAGCACAUCAUCAAAUGAAAACAAGAAAGUAGCAGUAGAUGUAACCACUUUGAGGGAAACUAUUUUGAAAUGCGUUUUUAUUGAUGGAUAUAAUUUGCAGUAUCUGUCAACUCAAACCAAUGCAAAGGAGCUUUCAAUAGAAGAUACUGAAUCAAAAAAGUCUAAGAAUAUUCAUGGAAAGUAGCUUGAAAAAGAAAUCUAAGCAAUACCCUCGCUAAUAUCAUCAACAAUCUCUCAGUAUUUGAGUAAAAGUCAUUCAAAUAUUCUCUAAAAAGAUAAAGAUAAUUUUAAGUAACAGAAACUGAAUCAUUAUUUUGACAAAGACUUUACAUCAUAUGGCCCAGAAUAGCUCUCAGAAUAAGUAAACAAAGCAUUAUAAAAGAUUAAUAAAUAAUCAGUUGUUAUAACCUAGAUUGCAAUCAGACAAAGACACUCAAUGACCAAUCUAUAUGGUAAUAUCGAAUAAAAUAUUUAUUAGCUAUUAGAAACUCUGGGAGUAAGCCACACAGCUACAAAGGAAGAAAUUGAGACUCAGUACAAGCAAAUGUGUAGAGUGCUUAAUGUCAAAGCGAAUCCUGAACUUAAAGUAUUCCUGGAUGAUCUUACUCUGGCAUAUGAUACUCUGAUUCAAGAUGAAAGUAGAGCUGAAUAUGAUGAGUAUGUAUCAUAGCAUAUAAUGUUAUCUCGAUUGUGGGCGAGUGUUGAUAAAGAAGAAGGAGACAAUGAAGAAGCUGAAAAAAGAAAAAAAGGUAAAAUCAUAAAUGAUUAACUUCGCUUUAUUAAAGAGAGAGGAAAGAGGAGAUUUGAAGAAGAUUAUGACUUUGCAAAUGAUGAAUUCUUCUCAUCAUGGAAAACAAGAACCAAAUCAGGUUAGUAGUAAAGUGGUCAACAUGCUGAAAAUGAUGCAGGGGCAGAGUCAAAUAAAUCACGUUACGAUGGAAGAGACAUAGUCCUUGAUAUAUCAAUUUCAUUCUAGGAGUCAUUAUCUGGAAUAGAAAAAGAGCUUUCAUAUUAAAGAGACUCUAUUUGCGGCUCGUGUCAAGGAUCUAGAGAGACCCCAGGAUCAUCUAGCAGUUUGUGCUAUUCCUGCAAAGGUGAAGGUGUUAAAAAGGAUCCGCUAUUCAAGAAAGAAGCAAGUUGCAACACUUGUAAUGGUCAUGGCUAUUUAAUUAAAAAUCCUUGUAAAGGUUGUAAUGGGCAGGGAUUUAAGACUGAAAAUGUCAAGUAAAAAGUUCUGAUUCCUAAAUUUUGCGAAGAUUAAAGUGUUAUUGAAAUUGAUGAAAGAGGGCAUUAGACAUUAUUUAGAAGUAAAGGCCAUGAUGGUAAUUUGUUUAUCAAGGUAAAGGUCUAGAAAGACUAAGAAACAAGAAGAGAAGGUCUUGAUAUUAUAUCAAAGCACUAGAUUACGUUGACAGAGGCAUUACUAGGCUGUUAAUUAUAAAUUAAGACUGUUGCAGGCGAUUAAACUUUGAGAAUUGGACCCGAAGACUUAGUUGCUGGAUCAUAGAUAGUUCUAAAAGGAAAGGUAAUUACCAAUGUAUUAAAUAAUAUAUAGGGAGUAUAUGAUGUAGAGAAAGGCCAAGGUAAUCAUAUUGCUGAGAUACAAGUAAAUAUCCCGAAAAAUUUGAAUCCUGAUAGCAGAGCAUUAAUUUAAUAGUUCUCAAAGAAUGAAUAAAUAAUAAACACAUAUGAUCCCUCUCACAUAACUUAUGACCAAGUAAGGGAAAAGAUGAAGUAAGACAGAAAAUCUCAUAAUACAGUUAAUAAUGAUGAAGCUACUAAGCAUAGUUCAUUUUUCUCCAGAUUUGGACUCUGA